CAUUAGUGCUCUCAGAUCAUCAUAUCUGGUCUGUUGCUUUCCAGAUUCUGUCCCAGGAUGCAUCUUUCUGGAAUGAUUUCCGCACUUUUAUUGCUUUUUCCAGGCAUCAUAGCUCAGAGAACCGAAGAUGACACCAUUUACCUCCUGGCCGUGACCUCGCAGGCUGUAGGGGGCACCAAGGAGACGCUGUGUGUCACGGUCAACUCCCGUCAAUCCGUUUCACUGGAGGUGACCCUGGAGUAUAACCAAAACAGCACCACUCUUUUGAGGGAAUUGUCUGUAAUACAAGAAUACUACCGAUGCGUCCCAUUUCAGGUUCCUGUUGUAAGCGUGGAAUCAGUGGCAUCUAUUAGCAUUCAGAUUAAAGGUUGGACCACGUUGCAGAACAAGACAACAAAGAUCCUCAUCACACCUCCAACUCAACUGACCAUCAUUGAGACCGACAAACCCAUCUACAAACCAGGACAAACAGUGAAGUUCCGCAUUGUCACUCUGGAUUCCAAUUUCUUCACCUACAAUCGGACGUUUCCAACAAUAGAACUGCGGGACCCGAACUCGAACCGUAUUGGUCAGUGGCUGAACGUCUCCACACACAGCGGUCUUGUGGAUCUGUCAUAUCCUAUAAACUCUGAGGCCACAAAUGGGUACUAUGUCAUUACAGCCUGGAAUGAGAAAAACGGAGAGAUCACAGAAACCUUUGAAGUCAAGGACUACGUGCUGCCGACGUUUGAAGUGACGGUCCAGAUUCCUCCGGUCAUAACCAUCCUGGACACGAACACUACGCUGAAAGUGUGUGCAAAAUAUACAUACGGGAAGCCGGUGAACGGUGUGGUGACGGCUGUCGUCUGCCACAACAGUAUCAGAUACUGGUGGUUCAGUCCAUCAAGCUCACAGGCAUCAGACAUCUGCAAAAAUUACACCAUUCAGACCGACAAGACGGGAUGUGGACAACAUGUUUUAAAUCUGAACGAAUAUGCGCUAACUGAUUCACGCUAUGAAAGUGUCAUCAGCGUUCAAAGUGAAGUGAAAGAACAAGGCACUGGUGUGAUUAUGAAGGGUUCGGGAAACUCUUUUAUAACAACUUCUAUUGUCACACUUUCAUUUGAGGAUUCACCACCAGCGUUUAAGCCCGGAAUGACGUAUGAAGGAAAGAUUAAACUGACCGACCCAAACUCCAAUCCUGUUAAAAGGACACCGGUGUAUCUGACUCUAAGUUACGGUAAUAAUAUAAAUUCAGUCCAGGAGCUGGUUACAAAUGACGACGGGAUCGCACAGUUUUCUCUCGCCACUGAACCAUGGGGUCUGGGGCCAGUCUCUUUAAAGGCACACUAUGAAAAGAUUGAGAGACCAGUGAUAUAUGAGAAUAAUCAGCUCACGCCGUACUACCCAACCGCCUACCUCUGGCUUCAGCCGUUCUACUCUAAGAGCCGAAGUUUUAUUGAAUUGCAGAGCAGCUCAACGCCUUUCAGCUGUGAUAAAAAAGCUAACGUUGUGGCUCAGUACGUGAUACACGACAGCUCAUUCAGAGCACGCGGAAUCAAGACCUUAUCCUUCUUCUACAUGGUGAUGUCCAGAGGACAUUUAGUUCAGCAAGGACGUCUCUCGGUGCCCAUCAACCCAAAACGAGAGAUCAGUGGCAGAGUGUUUCUGUCACUGCAGAACGUGGACAAGUUAUCCCCAGUCGCUCAGGUGGUCCUGUACACGCUCCUUUCCAAUGGUGAGGCCGUGGCAGACAGCAUGAACUUCCCCGUUCAACCAUGUUUGACUAACAAGGUGUCUCUGAAUUUCACGUCUCCUUCUGAGCUUCCUGGUGAUGAGACAACACUGACCCUGAAAGCUGCUAAAGGCUCGCUGUGUUCAGUGAGAGCCAUUGAUAAGAGUCUGCUGCUGUUGCAACCAGAGAAAGAAUUCACCAUCGAAUCUGUGUUCAACAUGCUGCCUGUACAGAUGUUAUCAGGAUAUCCAUACAUGACCUACGAUGAGGAACCGUACCCAUGUUGGGGAUACCCACCUAUCUUCAUCAGAGAACCAGUGGAAAGAUCAAUUCGUUAUUUUCCUUACUACGGAAAAGUCGACGUGUACAACAUCUUUAAAGAUGUUGGAAUCAAGAUCCUGACCAAUGCUGAUAUCAGAAACACUUCUGUGUGCUCUGAGGCUUUGCCGUUUUUGAGGACUGAAGGCAUGGGAGAACCGGCUCUCUUAGCCAAAGAAGGUGUCUCUUUAGAUGCCACCCUUCCAAUCCAACCAGUUGUCACCAUCCGCAAAUAUUUCCCAGAGACGUGGAUUUGGGAUCUUGUUUCAGUCAGUCAGUCUGGAGUGGCAGCCCUUAAUAAAACAGUCCCGGACUCCAUCACUACGUGGCAGGCUGGCGCAUUUUGUACGUCACCUGUUGGGUUCGGAGUCGCCCCGAAAACCGAGCUCACUGCCUUCCAGCCUUUCUUUGUGAGCCUCACCAUGCCAAGCUCCGUCAUCCGAGGAGAAAGGUUCACACUGAAGGCCACCGUCUUCAACUACCUCAAAAGCUGUAUGAUGGUGAAUGUGAUUUUGGCUGACUCGAAGCAGUUCUCUGUGCAAAAGUGUAAGAACUGCAGUUACACGCGCUGUCUGUGUGCUGACGAGAGCUGGACUGUCUCCUGGACCAUCACACCACUGGUUCUGGGGAAGGUUACAAUCAAUGUGACGGCGGAGGCUGUAAGGUCGUCGAUUCGGUGUGGGAAGAGUGCGGUUUUUGUACCACAGAAAGGACGCAUUGACACAGUCAUUAAAACACUGCUAGUGCAGGCUGAAGGAACUAAACAGUAUAAAAGCUACAAUGAGCUUCUCUGCUUAUCAGAAGGUGCAGUUCAGAAGACAGUCUCACUAACACUGCCCAAGAUAAUCGUGGAAGGUUCAGAGACGGCUUCCAUCUCUGUGGUGGGAGAUCUGAUGGGCCGAGCUCUAAAGAACCUGGCGAGUCUCCUGGUAAUGCCGGGUGGCUGUGGAGAGCAGAACAUGCUGCGCUUCGCUCCCAACAUCUUCAUCCUGCAGUAUCUGGAGAGCACCAACCAGCUCACACCUCAGAUCAGAAGCACAGCUGAGACCUACCUCAUAAGCGGAUAUCAGACAGAGCUGAGCUACAAACACAUCGAUGGCUCUUACAGUGCUUUUGGGAUGAACGAUGCAUCAGGAAACACAUGGCUGACGGCGUUCGUGAUGAAGUCUUUUGGAAAAGCAAAGCGAUACAUCUUCGUAGAUCAGGUGUUUGUGGAUCAGGCGAAGGCCUGGCUCGGUCAACAGCAGCAGGCUAACGGAUGCUUUGCCUCAGUGGGACAACUCUUCCACACCGACAUGAAGGGAGGAGUGAACGAUGAGGUGACCCUCUCAGCGUACAUCACGGCUGCAAUGCUGGAGCUCAAUUACACAGUUACAGAUCCUGUGGUAAACAGCAGUCUUACGUGCCUGAGGAAUGCGUACACUCACGUGAACUCCACCUACGCCAAGGCUCUCCUCUUCUACACCUUCACCCUAGCUGGAGAUCAGGGGAUGAGGAACACACUCAUCUCCGAGCUGGAUUCAAAGGCUAUAAUCUCAGGGGGCGGGAGGCACUGGAGCAGAGUGAAUGAUGGAUCAGUGACGAACUCUUUGGAGGUGGAGAUGACCUCGUACGUGCUCCUGGCUCUGAUGUCUGGACCCCAGCUGUCCGGGUUCGGUCUGGGUUACAGCACCAGCAUUGUCCACUGGCUUUCUCAGCAGCAGAACGCUUUUGGGGGCUUCGCGUCUACACAGGACACUGUUGUGGCUCUCCAGGCUCUGGCGAAAUACAGUCUUGCCACCUACAGUCCAGGAGGAGACGUUACUUUUACUAUAACAUCACCAUCAGGGCUGAUUAACACAUUUACCAUCACUCAGAGUAACAGGCUGCUGUAUCAGGAGAGACAGCUGAAGGAGGUUCCUGGAGAUUACAACAUCAAAGCACAAGGGAAAGGCUGUGUGUACGUGCAGUUCACUGUGGCCUACAACAUCCCUCCUCCUCCUGACCGCUCUUCAUUCAUCAUCUCGGCCUCAGCAUCUGGAAACUGCAGGGUCCCAAAUCCAUCUCUGGAAGUGACCAUUACUGUCAUGUAUAACGGUAAUCGACCGAAGACCAACAUGGUGGUCAUCGAAGUCAGGCCUCUUUCAGGAUUCAGUGCAGACAAGACGUCUGUGAAGCUUGUGAACGGCGAUUCCGAUCCAACUGACGGAGCUGUGAAACGUGUGGAUCAAAUUGAGGGCAACAUCAUCAUCUAUCUGGAUGGACUGACAAAGGGAAAUGAAAAAGAGUAUACCCUGACCAUCGUGCAGUCUGAUGGAGUGGAGAACCUGAAACCAGCCGUGGUGAAGGUUUACGACUACUACGAGACUGGUGACGUGGCUGUAACUGAAUACUCCUCACCAUGUCCAUUUCAGUGAGAGUGUGUUCAGGAUCUGAGAAAGAGCACAGCAGGAGAUUUUUCCCCUUUGACUUGUUUUAUGGCUAUUUUAUAUUUAAUAAGAAACUUUCAUAAACUUCUGAUUUCUUGUCCUAAUGUUCAACUUGAAUAAGCAAAAUCACUUUUGGUGUUAGGAAAGGUGACUUUCUUUCCAGUAUACAGUAUAUCAUGUAGUGAAACUUCAUUUAUAGAUGUAAUGUCACUUCAUAAGACAAUUUUUAUGACCAUUUAUUAUUUAUUAUUUAUUUAUGGUCUAUUCAAGUCUUUGAAAGAAAUUUUGAUUGAAACUCUUGUAACUACUUUUUUUUUAAUCAGUCAGUAGCACAUUACAGUUUUAAUCUGAUGAAUUUUGAACAUCACCAAACGUAACACUACUAACAACCUCAACAUUAUUCAGUUGCUGUUACUGAUCUAGCUUUUUAGUUGUGAAUUUAUUUAUGUUUCUUUAGGUUGCUGUUCUUUAGGUCUCUGUAUUUGCUGCUUUUCUCCACAACUCAAACUUCCUCUUAUUCCUCUCUCUUUCAAAACUGACCUCAAUCUGAUGAACAAGUAAAAUGACAAUGCGUAUAUAUAAAAUAUAUAAAUAAGUUCUCCAAUGAUCAUUAUUUCACCUGUGUUUUAUCUUCUCACUCUAUGUAUACGCAUUAUUGUGUUUAUGGUCUGUCUUGAUGAGGUCUUGUUCCAUGCUUCUAGGCUGCUUCCUCGUUAAUUAGCUAUAGUUUCUAUAUAAUCUGGUUUAGUAAUUUGUAAGGGUGCAAAAGCCCGAAAGCACGAGUGAAAAUGCUUCUAUUGUGCAUUCUUUUCUACUUCAAUACAACAAUUUUCAUUACAAAUUAUAUUAUUGACAAUAACCUAAAAGUAGAACAGUAGAACCUUUGAAAUAUUUACAUGAAUUUCAAAGUUUCUUCAUAUUUGUCCCCCUUUUGCUUUAAUGACAGUGUGCAUUAGAUCAAAUCAAUCAGAGUGUCAUCUGAACACAUUCUUCAACAAAAGAGACUAGGUACUGUAGGAGGAAAAUCGGACCUUUUGCACAAAACAGUUAGCAUGGUCAAUAUCACACAUUUGCUUACAUUUAAAUAAGGAC